ACGCGCAGCACGUAGGCUCGGCGCUCACUUGGCCGGGCCUGACCGCGGUUCGGCGCUCGCCUCCCUCCCCCUGCGCCUGCGUCGUCCGUCUCCUGCCAGUCACCCCGGCUCAGAUCGGGAAGUGUCAAGCGGGAACCGGUCCCCCCUGCCGCGGCUGCCGCCUGCCUCCGAAGUCCCGAGGCUCCCGGCCCUGGCCCGGCCUGGGCCUAGACGUCAUGACGAACGUAUAUUCCCUGGAUGGUAUCCUGGUGUUUGGUUUGUUAUUUGUUUGCACCUGUGCCUACUUCAAGAAGGUGCCUCGUCUCAAGACCUGGCUGCUUUCAGAGAAGAAGGGAGUUUGGGGAGUGUUCUACAAAGCUGCUGUGAUUGGAACCAGACUGCAUGCUGCUGUGGCAAUUGCCUGCAUUGUGAUGGCAUUUUACGUUCUGUUUAUAAAAUGAACCCUGAGACAUCAGAACCACCAACUGCCAACCAAGGGGACUGGGGCAAGAGGCCUUUCAGGGACUUAUGCCCCUUAUAGAAGAGCUGGACUGAGAUCAGCAAAGCCCCUCAGGAUGACGCUGCAUCCUCUGCCCCUACCAAGCCCAGAAAAAGCUCCUUGGGAUCACCCACAUCAUUCAGGCUUUGGGGGGAUUCUGGAAAGCCAAUUUCUCUACCUUCCUCUGAUCUGUAUAAAUUAAUCCGCUGCAGAGUCUAUGGUGUUCAGCUAUAUAGCUCACCUCUUGGUGAUAACAUUACAUACCUCUUGCUGAAGAGUACCUGUCAUGUAUUUUAUUCCUCAGCAAUUCUUCAGGAUCUUUUAAACUUCAGGAUCUAAAACUGAGUAAGCCUGAGAAGAGUAGGAAGAGCAGUCUGGGCUCUGAUUUCUUGGGAGGGAGUAUUUUUCAAGGCUCACUUUUCCCUUUUUGAUCUAGAUUAGGCAAAUUGGAUAAAGGGGAGUUAUGAAAUGCCAAGGAAGAGCUUGGCUUUGGAAGUUCUCUUUUUUUAUGUCCAUCUGGGGAUAUGAUAGAGAGACAUUGUCCUCUGUGCACAAGGAGGGCAGAUGAAGUAAUUGGGUGUUCUGCCAGGGCAGUCUUUGGGAAUGGCUAAGGUUUGGGAGAGCCUAACUAUUUAGGAUCAUGCCAAAAAGCAGAGACAUCUUAGUUAAGAGAAAGAGCUGGUAUCCAGAAAUGGAGAGAAUUUAGGAUUUUAUCAGAUUACAUGGCAUAUGGAGAACGAAUAAGCUAUUUUUUCCCUUAAGCCUUGGUAGAUUUUUCAAACUUCCUAGACUUGAAUGCUGUCAUUAAAGAGGUUUGAAAUAUAGCCAUUGGAGGGAGGGGGAACUUGGAAGGAAAGAAUUUUCAAUUUAUUUGCAGUUGAGGGUGGGGGGAAAACCUACCAUAUUACAAACAUUUGUUAUUAGAUAUUAGAAAGAAUGACAUUUCUAGCCAAAAUAUUAAGAUCUAAACUUACUCUUUGAAAAGACUAGGUUGUUAAGACAGUUCUCAAUUGAUUACUUCUACUUUUGUCUGGCUACCUCUUGUGAUCCCACAUAUUAUACUUUUCUUGAAAACUACUGUGGGUAGGGGAAAAGGGAAGAGUUGAAUUUGGGGAGGGAGCAGUGAGCUGCCAUUUGGGUGAUCUUCAUCCACAUAUUAUUUCAUAAUGUCUAAACAGAUUAGGUUUUCUUUUUUAUACCUCUGAAAUGUGGUAAGUGAGGAUGAAUUUAAUGAGUUUAAGAUUAGGGGAGUUUUCUAGAAAGAAUGGAUGCUCAAGCCUGUUUGGAGAAUCCCACAUUUUAAAAAAAAGUAUUGACAUCUCCACCUCUCCUUUUAUCUAUAAUGGUAUCAUUGGCCUUGGUGAGGCCAGAUCCUCUGCAUCAAAAAAUAGACUCUUUAACAAGGGCUGAAUCCAUUAAAUUACCUUCCAACAAUAAGCAGAGAUGUGAGUCUAUUAAUUGUGUUGAAGUUAAAAAAAGAAAUGGUUCCUUUUUUCCUAAAAUGAAGAAGGAAAGUAUUUUGUCUGUGCAUGAUCCCGGGGCAGCAAUGAAUUCUAUAUUGUACCUUCUUCCUCUAAACCAUUGACAGCUGCUGGAAAGUAGGGUUUGUGAAAAAUGAGUCUAUUGGCUUUGGAGUCCCUGGCAGCAGUAGGAAAAUCACUGAGUAAGUCCCAACAAAUGAAACCAUCUAUUGGGAUCGGCCUAUGGGAAGAAUGUGAGUGGCUGAUUCUGUGCUCCCUCAGUAAUUGAAGGGAUCUUUAAUAAGGAAGAAAACCUCUUUUAAGUAAAUGGCUUAGAAGAGAGGAAUGAAAUCAACCUGUUUGGGGUGGGUUUAGGACUGGCUCACUAGGGACCCAGGUUCAGCAGAUUUUGCACAUAUUGAGUUCAGUGGCUUUAAUGUAUUUUCUUUUCCAAUAGGGCUAACAUCUCUGAGGUUGGUGCUUAGAUCAGUUUCUUAGUUCAAACUAGUCCCAUUUCACAGUGGUUUGUCAGAACCAUUCCUUAUGGCCUCUUAAGUUGAUCAGCAUGAACUUUUCAGGGGUUUUAUUCUGAAAUGUUAUUCUUAACAAAAUGAACCAAAAAUGCAUGAGGUGAACAUAAUUACACAACAGGAAGGAAAAGCUCAUUGUGUUUUUCACAAUUUGUUAAAUUCUUCAAGUAGAGAACCAGGAACUCCUUAACCAAAUGACAUUAUCAUCUUAGCUAAUGUGAAUUAUCACACAAAAAAAAUGAACUACACCAGAAAACCAUUACUCCUGGCAGUGAUGAAUUAGUGGCUGAGGAAAAGAAAGAUGUCAAUGUUGGUUUUUCUAAUAUUGACAUUUAUUGUAAACUAAGAUUACAAACACCUUUAUGUCAGGUGGACUGAGGAGGUAAGCUCCUUUUUUAUAGUUAAAAUACAAUUUUUUUACUUACCAUUGUCUGUAUAAAUUCUUGAAAAUAAAAUCUCUUUCCCUAUA